CACUGGGUCUUCAGAGCCCGGAAGUGGUGCGCCAACGGCCUGUCCGAUCUGUAGCCGUUCUAUCGCUCGCCGUGCUCCCCAGAAUCGGGCGUUUGCCGGUCACACAGCAGCCCUUUGGGUUCAAGAUUGUCGCGAAGGUGAUCAGCUCAGAGGAAGUGAAUGAGCGUCUCGAACGUGCCACAGUCAGGGAAACUGUCCUCUUCUGCAAAAUGUACAGAACCAAAGUGGGUUUGAAGGACCGCCAGCAGCUCUACAAGCUGAUCAUUAGCCAGCUGCUCUAUGACGGUUACAUCAGCAUUGCCAAUGGCCUCAUCAAUGAGAUCAAACCCCAGUCGGUGUGCGCGCCCUCGGAGCAGCUCCUGCACCUCAUCAAACUAGGGAUGGAAAAUGAUGACACCGCGGUCCAGUAUGCGAUUGGUCGCUCCGAUACAGUUGCCCCUGGCACGGGGAUUGACCUGGAGUUUGAUGCAGAUGUCCAGACAAUGUCUCCCGAGGCUUCUGAGUAUGAAACCUGCUAUGUCACUUCCCACAAAGGCCCAUGCCGCGUGGCCACCUAUAGCAGAGACGGGCAGUUAAUAGCUACAGGAUCUGCUGAUGCUUCCGUAAAGAUACUGGACACAGAAAGAAUGUUGGCCAAAAGUGCUAUGCCAGUUGAGGUCAUGAUGAAUGAGACUGCACAACAGAACAUGGAGAAUCACCCAGUGAUUCGAACUCUCUACGACCAUGUGGAUGAAGUCACGUGUCUUGCUUUUCACCCGACAGAACAGAUCCUGGCCUCAGGCUCAAGGGAUUAUACUCUAAAAUUGUUUGAUUAUUCCAAACCGUCUUCAAAAAGAGCCUUCAAAUACAUUCAGGAAGCUGAGAUGCUGCGCUCCAUCCCUUUCCACCCUUCUGGAGACUUUAUCCUGGUUGGGACUCAGCACCCUAUGCUUCGCCUUUAUGACAUCAACAGCUUCCAGUGUUUUGUCUCUUGCAAUCCCCAAGACCAGCACACCGAUGCUAUCUGUUCCAUUAACUACAAUCCUAGUGCCAACAUGUACGUCACUGGCAGCAAAGAUGGCUGCAUCAAGCUGUGGGAUGGUGUCUCCAAUCGAUGCGUCACAACCUUUGAGAAAGCUCACAAUGGCGCCGAAGUCUGUUCUGCCAUUUUCUCCAAGAAUUCCAAGUACAUCCUCUCAAGUGGAAAUGACUCUGUAGCUAAGCUCUGGGAGAUCUCCACAGGGAGGACACUGGUGAGGUACACAGGUACGUGAGAAAGUGAUGCUGGUAUUUCUCGGGGAUCAGAUUCCUGCAGAAUGAGAUACACUGGAGAAAAGGGAGGUUAGAGAGGGCUGUGGCCCAUCCCUAGGCCAAGACAGGCAGCUAGCUCCAAAAGAGAUCACCAGUGUCCAUAUAUGAAGUAGACCCAGCAGACAGGAAGAAAAGAAAGCCAGCUCAGCUCCCCCAUCAGUUCCUGUUGGUCUGUAGUUUGUGACUGUGCCCACACGCUCCCUUUAUGGUGAGUCUUGAAUUUCCCAGUGCAGUACUCAGUUCAGAUCUGGGUACAGUGAGUGCUGUGUGCUGCUGCACCUUAUUGUGUUCCCCAGCAGCUAAGAGUGUUGUUUGACAGGAACCUCCUGGGAACCAUGGUUAUAGCUUGCAGGGGACCUUUAUUGUAGGGGGCUGUCCGAGUUAGCCUCUUAGAGAGACAUGGAAGAGCUGAUAACAUUCAGGCCACUAGGGUGCAGCAGUGGUCCUCUCUGUGGCACAAGCUAGUUGUCUAAAGCUAGUCAUCAUUAUCCUUUAUGAUACUUUAUAUGGUGUCAUUUUGGAAAAUAUCUCUUAACCAGGUACUUCUUGCAUGCAGAAGCAAUCAGGGUGAAUGUGGAACUGCUCUGUUUACAAGUGACAGCCCUUGUUUUCCAGGGGAUAAUGCACUAGGACGGACAUGCACCGGACUGCUGCCAAGAGCUUAGAUGGUUGCGAACACCUGGGUUGUGGUUUAUUGGCUUGAUUUAGUAGAGUUGCAAUUGUUUUUCCUGAAGGAAUGUCCACAUUACUGAUUUCCUAAUUCCCAAGGCAGCACUCUGACAGUCAGCAUGUCAGGGUUUCCAUUCUGGUGUGAAGAUUUACUUAGAACACAAAGUGGUUUUGAAAUAGUGAUGGGAAGGGGGAAACUGAAGAGGACAUUGGAUGAGUUAAGUUCAUCGUGGUUUUUUACCUAGUAGGCAGGUCAGUAAUCGUAAUCUAUAGAUAGGCUAUGGAUAAAAUUAAAAAAAAAAAAAAUUUGAACCCACCCAAAUUUACAGGAAGAGUGAAAAUUUGCUGUAUUUUGUAAGAGAAUUUAAAAUGGAAAGUCAGUUAUAAAAUUAACAGCCAUAGCCAGGCGGUGGUGGCGCACACCUUUAAUCC